CCGCCCACCACCCGGCGCCUGCGUACGAGCCCACCGGCCCGCGGGCUUCCCUGACGCCCCGCCGCCACCAGCUCGCACGCAGAACUUCCCAAACGCACUCUGAGGCUUCGCGCCGCCUUAUAUAAAAACGUGUGGGCGGGGAAGAGGAUACGGUCUGCUGUCGGCCCCCUUUGCCUCGGCCAAUGGGGAAGAAACGCUUCCACGCCGUUUCCCCAGGGUGAUGGGCGGCUCGGUCUCCCUGCCAACAGAGUGCUUGGCUGAAGAAAGAGUGCGGUAGAAGCGAGAGUGGGUUCAGGAUCGUCUCGAAAUACUAAAAUAAGGGUGUGAAGGAGACUAGAAGGAAGAGUAGGAAUCAGGAAACAAAAAGAGGAAGGAAAAGGCACUCUGUAACAGAAAAGUUAGUAAAAGGAAGAUGUGAUUCACGAAUAAUCAGGCUCUGCUGCUGCUUCGCGUAAAAAAAGCGAAGCCAACGAGGAUUCUGGGAUUUGUAGUUUUUCCGGGACAUUUGGCGAAGUUGGCGGAAAUACCUCAGCUGCGCAAACGCAGAGGCAGCUUCCAGCUGCGCGUGCGCCUUGGCCUUGCGUGUACGCCGCUGGGAGAUUUCAAUAUUUAUUAUUGUGGAAGAAGGUAAUUCAUCUGAGACUGAGGAGCAGCAACUUGAGUUAUCAGAAAGUGACUUUCUGGCUUUCCCUUUGUCGAUCAGAGGCAAAGAAAGUGUCAUUUCUGAGCUGAAUGAUGACAACAUUGAAGAAUAAAGAAUGUGGAAAUGGACCAAAGAAAACCUUUGCCCCACCUGCACAAAAAUUGUAUUGCCUGAUUCCAUGUAGCUCUAACUCGCCCAAGAAGGAAACCCUGGGAAUCGGUUCCUCAGAGGCUAAGGCUAGGCCAAGUCCACCAAAGGCCAGGUUAAAGAAGGAGGAGGACAAAGCAACCAUAGAGAAUGGUCCACGCAGUUGCCAGGAGAAAACCAGAAAGGCUCAAGACAAUAAGCAAGCAAAGAAGAAAGAAAAGGAAAAAUCAAGUCUUACCAAUGCAGAAUUUGAAGAGAUUGUCCAGAUUGUCCUACAGAAGUCACUCCAGGAGUGUGUGGGGAUGGGAUCUGGCCACGAUUUUACAGAGACUUCCUGUGCCUGGCCUGUAGCAUGUACCCAAUCAGACAAGGAACCAGGAAUUGCUCCUUCUGCUACUGAUGAUGAUACUGAUGGAGAGAGGAUAGUGGUACCUCACACUCAAGGGAUUUCAGCCUCUCGGGAAGAUGAAAUUGUCCCAGAGAUAAAGACAUGUAAGCUAAGCCAACCAGAUCCUGCACCCUCUGAGAAGAAAUUCAAUAGACUCUCCUUAAGCAAAAGAAAGAAGGAAGCUCGAGAUGAGAAAGUGGAGAAAGUCCAAGGUGGACAUGAGCACAGACAGAAAGACCAACCAAAGAAAAUGGUUCAGGGCCAUUCUCAGUGCAGGGACGAGCAAAAAGAAGGGAGAAAUGGUUUUGAUCAGUGCCUAGUCUGGGUCCAGUGUUCCUCCCCAAACUGUGAGAAAUGGAGGCGGUUACAUGGGAACAUUGAUCCCUCAGUUCUCCCAGAUAAUUGGUCCUGUGACCAGAAUACAGAUUUAGAGUAUAAUCAUUGUGAUAUUCCUGAGGAGACCUGGACAGGGUGUGAGAACGAUGUGGCCUAUGCCUCCUACGUCCCAGGAUCAAUCAUCUGGGCCAAGCAAUAUGGUUAUCCCUGGUGGCCAGGCAUGAUAGAAUCUGACCCUGACCUGGGGGAAUAUUUUCUUUUUGCUUCUCGUCUUGAUUCCCUGCCGUCUAAGUACCACGUGACAUUUUUUGGAGAAACAGUUUCUCGUGCUUGGAUCCCAGUCAACAUGCUAAAGAAUUUCCAGGAGCUGUCCUUGGAGCAAGCAGGAGUGAAAAAGGGCAGGAAGAAGGACUGCAGCCAGAAACUGGGUGCAGCCCUAAUGAUGGCUCAAGAGGCAGAACAGAUCAGCAUUCAGGAGCGGGUUAACCUGUUUGGUUUUCAGAGCCGAUACAAUGGAUCUGACAGUGGAGAAGAAAGAGAUGUAAUGCUCUCUGGGGCUAACAGCCCAAAUUCCUGCCUGGAGGAAGAGGAGGAGGAGGAGGAGGAAGAGAAAAAAGACCCAACUUUGUCCAGUCCUAAGCCAGCCAAAAUACAGACAAAAAAACCCAAGCCAAGAGGUAUGGCAGAUGGACAAGAUGGGACCCUCCAAAGGAAGACAGUGAAGAGAUCUCUGGGAGACAAAUCCACAGCUCCUUCCUCACUCUUAAUGGGAAAGAAAGAAGGCCAGAAGAAUUCAGAUUCUGACCAGCCAGGCCCUAAGAAAAAAUUUAAAGCCCCGCAAAGCAAGGCCUCAGCAACCAGCUUUUCUGAGGAAAAAGAAGCUAGAAUGGUGCCGAAGGGCCUGAGCCCACCAGCUUGUGGUGGGGCCCGUGCUUCGGUGGGGAAAGAAGAGCCCAGACCCCAGGAGCCACUGCCUCAGGAGACUGGAAGUGCCCCCCCUGAAGAUGAAGCUUCCAGUGAGCUGGACCUGGAGCAACUCAUGGAAGAUACUGGAGAAGAGCUGGAGCAGAGAGAGGAGCCGCAGCCCAGAGACGAUGGCGAGGACUUCACCAUGCCCUUCCUUGAGGAAUAGUUGUGUGCUCUCGGCCCCUUCCUGAUCUCACUCCUCUUCUCUGAGGAACAGGAGGGAGGGCCUCUCGGUGGGAUCCUUGAGAAGUUGAUGAGUAUCGGGGCUGUUAAUUGGCUACAAGGUUCACGUUAGAGUUGUGCAGAUUAUGUGUUAAU